UGAUUUUAUCUUCAUAGUCUACUGCACGGCGACUAUGAGGUCCAUCUUUGAGUAUUAUUCACGACAAAUGGACUCACAUAGCUUUGUAGUCAGGAAACACAUUCAAUCUACAACACAGGUCUUCGACACAAAGUAGAACAAUAGUACUGGGCGGAAAGUGACAUCACAAGGAAAUACUGUUGGGAUUUUAAACAGAGCUGUUGUCACAAAGUUAGCGACUGGCCUGCUUGUCUACACCGUCUCUGAAGCUGCAAGAUGGGUUCCCUUGCAUGCAUAGGUGCAUUCGUGUACAUACACAUGGCGUGUAUGCUCGUCACUGAUGGAAUGAAGACCUCUCAUGCUGUAUGUCCCCCGUGCACGUGUGGCAGAGACAUACGUUACGAAGGGGUAAUGGUCAAUUGUACUGGACUACGCCUGAAGAGCAUUCCUGUUCAGUUGCCAGUCAAUGCCACGACACUACUUCUCAGCAACAACUCGCUGAUGAACCUGACAGAUCAUGUGUUUCAACACUUUCCUCAUCUUCGACUUCUCGACCUCUCUAAUAAUUCGAUCUUUGUUAUUCAUGAAAAUGCCUUUCAUGGAAUAUCCCAGCUGAAGACGCUAGACCUAGCGUUCAAUCAUUUGGUACUGGACUCUAAAACCUACCACCCUAACAUGUUCAGGGAUCUCACGGAAUUAGAAGAGUUAAGAAUCGUAGAUAACGAUAACGACACAUCUCGUCCUCUCGCCACAUAUCCAGACCAGAGUCUGAAACUCUUGACAUCCUUGAAAGUUCUGCAUCUUGAUGGACUUCCGGCUGAUUUUGGACCUGGAUUUGGUCGAAUGAAGGAUCUGACGAAUCUUACAUUAUCGGGAAAAAGGGGAUACUGUCAUUUGCCGGUGUUGCAAAACUCCACAUUUACCAAUGUACCAACAGUUCAAAACCUCCGGAUCAGCAGCUGCAACAUCUAUGACUCAGACCUUCUCACGUUUCAACCAAUGAAGCAUAUCAAGUCCAUAGACAUGUCCGACAACAGACAUUUUGGCUUCACAAAUUUCACCAGCUCCACCUACGGAUUACAAAAUUCUUCUUUGGAAAAACUUAACAUUAACCGUAUAAAUCUUGAAUACGAUGUAUGCAUACACUUGGAAACCAAACACAUUCAACACCUUACGAACACGCCUCUGAAGGAACUACAUUUGGACGGAAAUGGAAUCAUUGGGGUUGAAAAUGAAGCCAUUACCAUCAUGCCGAGACAUCUUGAGAUACUAUCAGCCCAGGAUAACAAAUUUCAGUUUGGACGUUACAUUUUCCAUGGGUUUGCACUUACGGCUUUGAAGUUUCUUGAUGUUUCUGGAAUUAACAAAAUGCCACCAAUGCCAUUUUUUAAGCGAAGUGCAGACACACGCCCAUUCCCUCUCUCGUCAUAUAUACCCGUUCCUCCUAACCUUGAAGUUCUUAUUGCAUCAGAGUGUUAUUUUACUGGUAAGAUCACUCCCGGGGGCCUUAUGACGAAUAACAUCAAACGAAUAAUUGUCCAUGACAACUUCUUGACUGCCUUGAACGGGCCUAUUGCAGGCCUUAACAAAGUUGAGCAGUAUGACUUAUCAAACAACAUCCUUGAAGAAAUAGGAAAGGAAUACUUUUCUGAAAACAAUUCAGUUUCCAAUCUGAGCCUUGCAAACAACAUCCUUGGGGGAGCUUUAGCUAAAGACACAAAAGGAUAUAUGUUUCACAACCUAACCAAAGCCCGUCUCAUUGACCUAUCAUUGAACAGAAUUGCAUCCCUCCCGAGACACAUAUUCACAGGACUGAAGAGCGUGGAGGUGAUCAUCCUGAAAGAUAACUAUUUGCAGUCGUUUGAAGUCAACCUACCCACCACUUUGAAAAGACUUGUCCUAUCAGGAAACAAAAUAGAAACGUUAUCUCGAGAUGUUUUAAGUCAAUUUGACGACUUACCCAAGUUACAGUUAUACCUACGGUACAAUCCAAUAUCAUGCACAUGUCAUGGGUUAGCCUUUUGAAAUGGUUGAGUAAAAACAUGCAUCGUGUCCAUGGCCUAGAAGACAUGCAUUGUGAACUUGAACCUGGCCAUGUGACUUCUCUGACGAAUUUCGAGGUUAUAUUUCGAACUCUCAACAAAAGGUGUAACCUUGGAAACGUGAUUGCUUUGGCAA